CUUGUCACUCUCUUUGCAAGUGCAAAUGCUCGGACUUCACUCACUUUCAUAGAGGAUUAAUUACGACCACCAGCUAUGAAGUUCCCAGUUAUCUUUCUGGCAGCAUGGGCUGCUUGCCCAUUGCUUUUUGUUUUGGCAAUGCACCCAACCGAUUCGCUGAUGGACGGAGAUUCAGCGCAGUCUGGCUAUCUGCCGAACCACAAGAUGGACCCAAAUGUUGUUACCGGAGGUGGAUUUGGCCAGUUGUGGCAAUACAAGGCUGCAAUUCCAGCGGGAAGCCCCCAAGACCAGUUCUACGCCAAACCUUUGGUUUAUACUCCGCGCGGAACCAGUCGCCAAAUCGUUUUGACAUUCUCUAAAGCCAAUAGGAUCUACUCACUCGAUGCAGUUAACGGCACUUUGCUGAAGACUCGAGAUUUGUCCUUGGAAGGUGAGAUACCUUUCAAAGUGACUGAUCUCAAUCAGUGCAACGACGUUGGUCAGUAUGUUGGAAUCAUUGGGACGCCGAUCAUCGAUCCUGAGACCGACACUGUCUACUUCUGGGCGAAGAGUUAUCUCGAUGGUGGCCAAACUGGAUGGAUAAACGGUGCCUAUCGGUUUCAUGCAAUUGAUGCUGUUACUCUUGCAGAAAAACCUGGGUUCCCCACAAACAUUCAAGGGAUUACAGCUGAUAAUGACCCUACCCGCAUGUUUCAUGGAGGUAUCCACAUGCAAAGACCUGCACUCAAUAUGGUAAACGGUGUGAUAUUUGCGGGCUUUGGUUCUCAUUGCGACAUGUACAACUACACCGGCUGGGUCGUUGGAAUGAGCACCCAAGGGAAGUUCCUUUCAGCUUAUUCCACGUCCGCUGGUCCUGGUUCACGACCGCAGGAUGGUACUUGGACUGGUGGUGGUGGAGCGGCAGGGAUUUGGAUGGGAGGUGCUGCCCUCGCCUCUGAUAACUCGGGACGACUUUUCUUUGCUACAGGAAAUGGCAGGGCAGGUGGUGUCAACCAAGCUCUGCCUUCGUCGGGUCGUACGUACUUAAGUACUCUCUCGGAGUGCAUGGUCAACCUUGCUGUCGGAGCAAAUGGCUCUCUCACUCAACAAGACUACUUCGAACCGGCGACAUAUCUCUCCAUGGAUGGCGGAGACCGUGACUUGGGCUCUGGUGGUGUGGUCCUGCCAGAUCCGUCUGUAUUCUCUGGAGGUGGCGUCAACAGACUUGCUAUCAGCUGUGGAAAGAAUGGACAAUGCUUCAUAGCGAACGCGGACAACCUUGGCGGCUACAAGAUGGCUUCAGGCGCGGAUGCACUUGUGCAGACUUUGACACCACCAGGUGGCGGUGCAAUCUUUGCAAAUACCGGAACCUACCCACUCGAGGGUGGCUUUCUCUACGUAACGCCCGUCGGAAAUCCUACAUAUGUCUAUUCAUUAGGCUUCGAUACCAAUGGCCGACCAAGCUUCACUCUUGUAGCGCAAACGGACGAAAACACAGCCGGUUCGGUGGGGACUGGCCCUCCAACUAUCACAACAUAUGACAAUCAACCUGGAACAGCGAUUCUGUGGAUCAUGGAUACCAAUGGGGUCCGGGCUUAUUAUGCAGUUCCCGUUGAUGGCAAGAUGAUCAGAAUUCCGAUCUCAGCAGCAUAUGGAAUGACGAAAUUCUCGCGAGUUUCCUUCGGUAAUGGGCGAUAUUAUGUCACUGGCUUCAAUGGGCAAAUAAUGGGUUACGGAGCACCCGUUGCAGUCCCAUUAAACUGCACAUCACCAGUCGAGUUCGGCUCCGUUGCGAUCGGAACCACGAAAACAAUGACAAUUUCUUGUACUUCGCUCAUCGCCAUUACAAAGAUACAGGGGCUCACUAUCGGAAAAACUAUGUAUACAGCGCUAAAUUCUUCGCUACCUCAAGGAGCUCUGGCAGCCGGAGCAAGAUUUUCAUUCCCUGUCAGCUUCAAUCUGAGCAGCUACGUCUUGACCAGUGGUAGCACUAGCUCUCCCACUGUAUCUCCAGGAGUCUUGUCCUCUGCUAUGUUUAUCUACACCAAGAACGCGAUUGCUGGAUACUCAAGCCAGCAGUCAAUUGGUUUGACCGGAACAAUCGUCAGUCCAAAUCCAUGGCUGUCAAUCAGCCCCCUUCAAGUAACGUUCAAUGGCAUUGUCAUUGGCUCAUCUGCUUCGGAAGGAGGCUCGUCAUCUACAUUCAUCAUCCAGAACACUGGUCAAGCAGAAAUGACAAUUUUGGGGUACGCAUUCAGUGUGGACAGCAGUAGCACAGUUUACACUAACGUUACCUUGGGGUCUCCAACGAAUCUGGACGCCAAAGGUUAUUUCAACGCCCAAGGCCUUCCGGCACUAGGUGCUGUUUUCAAUCCGGGCGAGUCGUUGACCGUUGGGAUUACUUUUGACACAACAGCUACUGGAAGCUUUUACAGUAUUCUGACUGUAUUCACCACUGGUGGGACUAGAUACAUAAUUCUUGCUGGCACAGCGUCAACUGUUCCAGUUGCGCUUCUGGAGCAAUCAACCAACGAGGGUGGAUGGAUUACCGUCCCAAACUGCCCCAUCCCUUCAGAAGGUUGUACUACUCAGGUGGACAUUGGAACUCUCAGCACCGCUGGUACCAUUCUUCAAACUGUUCGCUUCACCAACAAUGGCGGCUCCAACCUUGAGAUCACGAAGUCGAAGCCGCCUGAGGGCGUUAUUCUGGGAGCUGCAAAUCCUAAUACAGAUUUCUCUGAAGGUCUUACUAUAGCCCCAGGGAAGAAUUUGAGUGCUGUCGUUUACUUCAAGCCAAAUUCAGGAGCGCUGAAUGCAGAUCCGAUCACUUACUCUGCAGCAUGGACCCUCAACACAAAUGAUCUUACAUGGGGUGUGCACGUCGUCAAUUUUACAGGCACUCUGGCUCCUGCCCGUGUUGGUCCACUUUUACCGGAUGGUAGCUCACGAUUCAGGUGGUUAGGAUGUUUUGUUGAUAAUAAUGCUGCUCGCAUCGAGACCAAGAUGAUCAACAAUGCAGCUAAUACCAACGGGCUUUGUCAAGAACAAGCUUUGACGGCAGGCUCUCCAUUCGCUGGAACAGAGUUCAAGACGCAGUGCUGGAGUGGAGCUGUCAUUCCAUCUGUCUCCCUUCAAGUGGCAGAUCUCAAAUGUGCCAAUUAUGCAUGCCCUGGAGAUUCGUCCCAAUGGUGUGGUGGUAACGGAGGGUUCCUUGCCCUGUACUACGAUUCUUUGAAGUUCGAUCCAGCAACACGCCAGAUGAUUGGGUCUACAAGUUCUGCCUCCACAGUAUCCGGCAGCACAAGUUCAGCAUCAAGCUCCAGGACCGUUUCGUCAUCAGUUCCGUCGGCUUCUUCAACCCUCACGAGCAAGACACAAACGCCAGCUACGUUGAGUUCAUCUUCAGCGACUUCUUCUCUUGUAUCAACUCAAACAACGACGAGCUCGGGGACCUCCAGCAGUUCUAGCGCCUUGUCGUCCCAAAGUAGUGGAAGCGGCACCGCAACUCCUACCUCCUCAUCCUCCGACAUAUUCUCCAAGGCAUCAUCAGCCAUACCAGUACCUACUGGUCCCUCUAUUCCAGCAGUGAUUGGAAGCUACACUUAUAAGGACUGUCGGUCUGAUAAUACAACAAUCCGAACCCUUGUAGGCAUGAAGAAGUCGUCAACUAAGGAUAUGACUUUGGAGUUUUGUAUGGGAAAUUGUACUGGCUAUAACUAUUUCGGUGUCGAGUACGGUGCAGAGUGUUAUUGUGGCAAUGUGCUGAGUUUUGGGAGUUUCGCCGCCACAGAUGGUAGGUGUAAAAUGCUUUGUCCGGGAAACAAGAUGGAGAUAUGUGGAGGAAGCAGUGGUUUGACGCUUUACCAACUCACGGCGAACGUAAUUUCAAGCGUUGUAUCGUCUUCUUCGACUUCUGCACAAUCGACAAUCUCGUCUGAUAGUACAAGCAUCGCGACUCAGAUAAGCUCUACAACAUCAGUAUCAACAUCCACGUCCUCGAGUAUAACUGAGAUCUCAAAUUCGACCACAGCGCAGGCUUCAAGCAGCUCAAGCUCAAGCUCAACCUCAGCAGUGGAGACAACGUCUCAAUCUUCGAGCGUUUUAUCAUCAUCGUCAAGCUCGUCGAGUUCCCUAUCGGAUCCAACACCUACUUCUUCCUCGAAGGAGCCCCUUGAGACCAUGACUUUCUCGAGUACCGUUCGGGAAACUACAUCAAGUUCAGCGUCAUUAUCUUCAACAUCCUCAAGUGCUCCCUCAGUAUCACCGACUUCUCUUGCGCAGCCUUGGGCUUAUGCCGGAUGCGCGAACGAUACGAGUGCUACCCGCGCUCUAACGGGCAUCCUACUCUACAACAGCACAAUGGAUGCAUCCACCUGCCAAAGAUAUUGCUUUCAAAAACACUACGCACUUGCAGGUCUCGAAAACGGUAACCAAUGUUUCUGUGGGCUUGCUCUCAGCAACGGGGCCACCCUUGGCCGUACGGGAUGCACUGUCCCAUGUGUAGGAAACUCAAGCGAAAUCUGCGGAGGUCCAUCACGCCUAUCAAUUUACAACCAAACAGACUUUGACUAUCCAGGGUUUGUCCAAAAUUCCGGUGCUUAUUCACUGCAGGGCUGUCUGGUGGAUGGGACGGGCACGGGAAGAAUUCUUCAAGGCUAUACCACAACUCUCAAUUCUGCAAUGACGGUAGAGAAAUGUUCCACGACGUGUGCGGCUAAAGGAUAUUCGAAAGCUGGUGUCGAGUUUGGAACACAGUGUUAUUGCGAUAACGCUGUGACGACCACAACCAUAGCGCCGCUCACGGAUUGCUCGAAGAUAUUCUGCAGUGGGAACGCGACCCAGUUUUGUGGUGCUGCGAACCGUAUUUUGAUUUAUUCUACAUAA